GCUCCGAACAUUAAAAACCCUAAUUUGCACUUUUCUCGCGCGCGCUCUCUCUCUCUCUGGGUUCUAUUCCAAGACAUUCCAAACCCCUAGCUUUCUCUCUCCCUAGUAUGGAGACGGCGCGUCAAGGGAACCAUUACGACGUCGUUUCUGAAGAGGGUUUGGGCACCGGCGGCAAGUUCCGGAAGCGGCCCUUUCGGAGGAGCACCCAUACGACGCCGUAUGAUCGACCGGCUACGGCCCUCAGAAACCCCAUCAUCAGCGUCGACGCCAACAAUAGCAGAAAUGGGUGGCUCUCGCGGCUGGUCGAUCCUGCUCAGCGGCUCAUCACCUCUAGCGCUCAACGCCUAUUUUCCUCCGUUUUCCGCAAGCGCCUCCUUCAGCCGCCGCCGCCUACGCCUCCACCGUCCAUUUCUGAAGCAAAGCAUGAAGUAAGGGAUAAGCACCGGGAAUCAAGGGAUCAGCACAAUGAUGGAGUUGUCACAGAUUCUUCUGGAGUGCAGCACGGAGUCAUUGAUCGAGGUGACAAGUCAACGAGUUCUGACAGAGGUGGCUUGAUUGAGCUUGAAAAAAUUUUAAAGCAGAAGACCUUUACCAGAUCUGAGAUUGAUCAUCUGUCAGCCUUGUUGCAUUCAAAAACUGUUGAUAUACAUAUUGGGGAUAAAGAGAAAAAGGCUGAAGUGAUUCCACGAGAGCUAGUGGUGCCUCAUGACCGGAAGGAGAAAUUUCCAAUAGCUCAAGCUUUAGGAAAUUCGAUUGGGGAGCACCUCAUAUCAGCCCCCGUCAGUAGUUCAAGGGUCCUUGAUGAAGGUGUUGCUUCACCUGCAGAGCUUGCAAAAGCAUACAUGGGCAGUAGGCCUACAAAUGUCUCCCCAUCAAUGCUUGGUAUUCGCAGUCAAGCCUUUGGGGAAGAUUCUACCAUUAUAAGCAGCCGGCCUUUUCCACCAAAAUCGCCUGUUAUGUCACUUGUGCCCCGAUCUUCUGGUAAUGUUGGGUAUACUGAAAAUGGUUUUACAACGCCUAGAUCUCGAGGCAGAUCUGCAAUAUAUAGCAUGGCUAGAACGCCAUAUUCCAGAGUUCACCCAGCUUCUUCCCUCAAGGGUGUUGGGCCCAUUGUUUCGUAUGAUGGGCCUUCAUUGUCAUCUACAGCUGCAUGGGAGCAGGAUAAACUUCAUGGCUCUGGGCAAGGGGCUUUAAAACGCAGAAGUUCAGUCUUAGACAAUGAUGUAGGAUCUGUUGGUCCUAUACGUAGAAUUCGUCAUAAACCUAGUCUUCUAUCUUCAAGAGGUUUGAGUUUGCCAGUUCCUGAUAGUCCACUUUCUAUUCCUGGAAAUGGAGUCGGUCUUGGUGCUGCUCAACACCCUUCCUCUUUGAAUCAAACACAACUUUUAUUGGGAAAAUAUAAGGAGAACUCAGCGAAGGCAUCAAUAGUAAAUGGAGAUAACAGUGUGCCAAGUACAAGUUUUCCCCCUGUUCCAUCCAAGUCCAGUGAGAUGGCUUCAAAAAUAUUGCAGCAACUUGAAAAGUUGGCUUCACCAAAAGAGAAAUCAUCUGAAUUCAAGGUAGUUUCUCUGAGGGACAGCACACCCACUAAAUUGUCACCAUCUAUGUUACGUGGAAGGGCUCUUAGAAGCCUGGAGACUGUAGAAUCACCAAGAUUUCUGGAGAAUGUACAAGAUGAUAUAAUUGACACCUCUCUGCCUGAUGCUCUAGGCAGCACUUCUCAAAAGCAAAACAAAGCUGAAAAUGGCCCAUUGAAGCUUGUUGCUCCUUUAGAAAAAUCGGUUCCAGUAGUAAAGGGCAUAGAUUAUAGAUCUUCCAACAAGGACACCUUGCCCGGUGUCAAAACUGUAGAUUCUGUUGUGGACUCUGUCACCCAUCCUCCACAAAAGAAACGGGCAUUCCAGAUGAGUGCACAUGAGGAUUAUUUGGAGCUGGAUGAUGACUAUCCUGAUGGUGCAGCACCUACUCCUUUGGUUGAGGAGAGAGAAAAGGGUGAUGCUUCUGUGGCAGAGAGGAAGACCCAUUAUACUGAAGCAGUAACAAUGGAGAAGCCUCCAUCUCUAUUGGGAUUUAAGUCCCCUGCAAGUUCUUCGUUGAACCAAAACUAUGAUUUGGCGUCUUCUGUUGGACCUGUGGUUGCUGAAAAGGGCACUGGCUUUGCCUUUCCCAGCGCCACCUUUACCAGCAUGGCUGCCCAACCUGCUGUGCCGGUGACAGAGUCAACCUUCACAUCUGAUAAAUCUGCACCACCUGAGCAAUUAAAGGUUGCGCCUCCCAUGUUUGGCUUGGGAGGUAAAGCUGCUUUGCCCCAGGAACCAAAUGCUACUCCCCCAGUUGCUAGCUUUGCAUCUGUUUCUAGUGCUGACAAGGUUCCACAGUUCGUAUUUGCUUCCUCAUUUUCAGCUAGUGAAUCUGCAGGCCUCAAAUUUAGCGUUCGUCCGGAUGCGAAACUUGAAAGCUCAAGCAGCUUUCCAACUGUUGAUGCAACUGAUUCUGUACCCAAAGUACCUGACAUGGAUAAAGUUGAUAAUAAGAACUACUCAAAUGCUGGAGUCACUUCUAGCAUAGCAGAAACUGCACUUUCAUCUGCUGCAUCAUCACCUACACCUACUGCAAGUGUUGGUGCCAACACCUCUGCCAAUACUUCUAUCUUAAAUAAUGGGUCUGUUGCCUCAAGCCCUUCCUCAUUGUCUUCACCCAUUGCACCUUUUGUUUCUAAUAAUAUUUUCAGUCAACCUUCAUCCAAUAGCUCUGCCCUGACUGUUACUUCCACCGGUAGCAGCAGCAGCACCACAACCACCACAACCACUGCAUUCACUGCCAUUAACAGCAGAAGCACACUGUCUACCUCUUCUGUAGCAGCACCUUCAUUUUCAACAGCACCUAUAUUUAAAUCUGGAUCUAUAGUACCAUCAACUUCAGCGGCACUAGUAACAGCUGCUUUUGGAAUAGAAUCAGAAGCAGCCAAGACCAGGCCUGAGAGAAGCUUUGGCAAUCUCAACAGCUCUCCUUUUAUUGGCACUUCUGCUGCAAAUGCCAGUGCAGGAAGUAGCAUUUUUGCAUUCAAUGCUACAGACACUUCAACUGCUAAUAAUAAGCCGAGUUCUACUGUUUUUGGCACCGGCAGUGGAUCUGUGCUCAGUGCACAGGCAUCCCCUGCUGGUACAGGGGCUGCAUCUUUUCAAUUCAGUUCAUCUGUGCCAUCCACCUCGUUUGGAUUGGCUGGGAAUACAGCUUUCUCUUCAGGCAGUUCUCUGUUUGCUGCUUCUACUCCUGCUUCUGAACUUUCCAAUUCAGGUACUUCUUUUGGAGUUAACUCUUCUGCUUCCUCUUCCGAGGCCAACUCCAGUAGUGCCAUAGCUGGCACCACUUCAAGCUUGUUUAGUUCCAGUUGGCAGCCUACGAAGUCUUCUAUAUUUAGUUCAGCAUUUAACUCUAAAUCGGCCUCAGCUGGUUCGACCUUCACAGCAUCUACAGCUCCUGUUGCUGCGACUACAUCAGCCAUAACUGGAUUUUCCUUCCCAGCUUCUACUGCUUCUGUUCCCACUACUGCAUCGCCCCCAACUGGAUUUUCUUUCAUGGCAUCUACAGCUUCUGUUGCUGCUUCAUCACCCUCUACCGGGUUUCCUUUCACAGCAUCUACAGCUGCUGCUGCUGCUGCAUCUACCUCUUCCUCGACUGGGUUUGCAUUUGCAUCAUCGACUGCAUUUGCGGCAUCUACACCUGCUGCUGUUACUAGUAGUGCAUCUGUUGUAUUUGGAUCGAAUACCGGCUCGUCAUCUGGUCCCACUUUCUCGUUCACUUCAGCUAUGGCUACUCCCUCAUCACAGCCUGUCUUUGGUAACCCCAGUCCAGGCUUUCUAUUUAAUUCAGUUUCCUCAGGAACUAAUGAUCAAAUGAAUAUGGAGGAUAGCAUGGCAGAGGAUACUGUUCAAGCAUCCACGCCUACAGCUCCAAUAUUUGGUCAUCCUCCUGUCUCACCUCCACAAUCUGGCUUUGUGUUUGGUUCAGCAACUCCAUCAGCAGCAAAUCCCUUCCAAUUUGGAGGCCAACAGAGUUCAGCCACCCCACAGAACCUGUCUCCAUUUCAGGCUACGAACAGUUUAGGAGGGAGCUUUUCAGUGGGUGCUGGUGGUGGGGACAAGUCUGGCCGGAAAAUUGUCAGAGUUAGUCGUAACAAGACUCGGAAGAAGUAAAUAUAUCGACCAUUAUAGACGAUCGGUUUCCUUGUCAGGAGCUACCGUUGCAACUGAUGCACAAAUAAUUAUAUUGGUAAGAGGUCAACAGCAAGAGACUGCUGUUUCUGUUGGUAAGCUGGAUUUGAUUGGGGCUGAAAAAGGUAAAUGAGCCUCAUUAGGUGCAAAAUUUGAUGAUUCUCUCUGCUCAUUUACAAAUUUUUUGCGUUAUCAUGUUUGCGGUGCAGUCACAAAGGUUUCACAAUUUUGUAUCAGUGUAGCAAAUCAGAGAAUUGUGUUGUACCAAUAGUUGUCUUCAACUUUCAUAGAAUUUGUGUUGUGUACUCUUUAUUUGUAACAUAAAUAGAGAAGCUGAAGGGCAUGAAUCUGUUUAAGAGGACAGAUUGCUCCCAAUAUGAUUUU